AUGGACAGAAGUGAAAUCUUAGAGAUACUCUCACUCGAGCCGGAGAAUGAGCGACCACAGACUGGUGUUCUUCGCCGACAAGCUCACACCAUCAUCUCCGGCAUCACAUCCGAUGAAGACCACGACCACCUCCCAUCCGCACUCCUCGACCUUCUCACACAAGUCAUCAAACCGCUGUUCACCAACACAAAACAUCCACAGUUGACUUCCACCGGCCGCAAGUCCCUCGUACCAGGACCGCCGCCGUCGAUAGGCGCGGCAAGGUUUCUCACAUCUUUAGACGACGAUGAACAGGCCCAGAAACCAUGGAAGCGGGGGCCCUUCACCGCGCCCCUGCUGAAGUAUGUCCUACGAAGCUAUAUGCUUCUCCCACAGCCGGUGCGCAGGUCUACGAUAGAAUCCCACUUCCACCUCCUCGUCCCGCCUCUUCUCAACAUGAUCGAUGACGCAUCGCCGACGUACAAAUCCGACGGGUGUCUCCUACUGCGCCUGCUUUGCACGACACUGGUCUCGACGCAAAGCGACAUGCUGAAACGGACCGGGCUGACAGACGUAUUUGUCGACGCGCUCAAGACGAAUUUCCUGCUGCUGCCGACUCUGACGCCCGAGGCCGACAGUCUGCUGGUCCUGAGGGAGCUGUAUCCCGCUUACCUUUCACUCGUGGAUGCAAAUUUCAUCAGACUGGAAGUGGCCACCGCCGAGGGAGUUGACAUCUCGACGGGCAAGAAACCCGACGCGGGACCAACGUGGAAUAUGGGCGAGGACCUGGUGGCGAGGGAAGUCCUGCUCACCAAGCUCUUCAGACACGGGAUCAUGGCGUCGUUGUCGCACCUGUCCUCGGCGACGGAUUCGUUCUCAAACACAAUCUCUGCCCCGAUCACGACCUUGCUGCUGAACCAGGUUCCCCCAACAUUCAGACGAAUGGGGAUCUACACCGUGAAACAUCUCCAGACGCUCUUGCCCAUGAUGCGGCUGGUCCUGAUGGACCCAUUCGUCCUGGCGGCGCCGGAGAUGGCGCUCGCCUCGCUAAACGUCUUGGACGUGGUUGUCGACGUGUGCGCACCGCGGGUCAGGGACAAGUGGUGGGCCGAGAUCCUCGGGGCCUGCGUCGCUUGCUGGUGCAACUGUUUGGACGAGACAGACGGUGCGAAUGACGUGCCCUCCGCGAAGGCUAUACAAGAGAUCAUAAAGAAAACCAAAGAUGUGGUGAAGAUGCUGCAGGACGUCCUGGCGAAGGAGGAGUGGGCGGACAUCAAGGAGAAAUUGCUGAGCGAGGAGGGUGAUCUGACUGGAUUAUUCGAAGACUAA